CCCAAUUUUUUCCAUCUCCGAGUGAAGAUUUAUCAAGGGUUUUAAUCAACUAUGAAAAUGCCCAAUUUGGGAAACCCUAGAGUUUAGACUUCCCCCAAAUCUCAAACCCUAAUUCCCUAAAUUUCGCAAUCUCUUCCCAAUUUCUUGCUUCUGUUCUUCGACCGUGAUAGAAAAAGAGAAAUGAGUAUGAAAUUGAUAUGAAGAGUUAUUGAACAUGAACGAUGGAGGUUUGGAGAAUAGAAAAGAACACGGAAAAUCACAAAAGCAGUCCAAGUCUUCCAAAUUCAAUAGCAAAAGUGACGAUUUUGCCCUUGCAAUAGCGAAGGUUGCAGUGGCGCAAGUAUGCGAAAGCGUAGGUUUUCAGAGUUUCCAAAACUCUGCUUUACAAACAUUAUCGGAUAUAAUUGUUCAGUACAUUUAUAGCGUAGGAAAAACUGCGAAUAUUAAUGCUAAUUUGGCAGGGAGAGUGGAAGCAAAUGUGCUUGAUGUUUUUCAAGGGUUGGAAGAGUUAGGAUCGGGUUUAGGGUUUGCUGGCGCAUCAGAUGCUGAUCGUUGUGUUGUUAAUUCAGGGAUUGUUAGGGAUAUUGUUCACUAUGUUGGUGAUGCAGAUGAUAUCCAGUUUGCAUAUGAUGUUCCUCAGUUCCCAGUUGUUAAAGAGUGGAAGGAAACGGGAAGUUUUUGGGAAAAAGGAGAAGAGCCUCCUGGGGAGCAUAUACCGAAUUGGUUGCCUGUGUUUCCUGAUCCUGAGACUUAUGCUGCUCAGUCGAGUGAAGGGAAUGAGACAAUGAGUGUUUUGAAUGGAGAAAAGAGUGAGUUAGCAAGCUUUGAAACAAAGAUGGAGCGGUCGUUGUUGAAUUUGCAACAGCGGUUUGCUUGUAAUGGGAAUGAAGGAGGUUCUUCGCGUGAUGGUGGGGAUGCUGGUAGAGCAAGGGAAGCUGCUGAAAGCAAUCCUUAUCUUGCUGCACCUCUACAUUUUGGGGAAAAGGAAGUAGAAGUGUCACCUGUUGUUCUUCCAGUUAAGCUUUCAAAUGAAGUGGCUUUGAGAAAUAUUGUUUCGGAAAAUUGUAUCGUGGGAAACCAUGUUUCAGUGCUGGAGACAUUUGCUCCCGCUAUAGAAGCAAUGAAGAGUGGGUUCCAUGAUUCCGAAAAUAGACAGAAAAAAGUCCUUCAUAACCAGAGACCAAUGGUGCACUUUAAGAUAGAAACUGGAAAGAAGUCUUUAGGCUCGGCACCUAAUUUAAAUUCACAGAAAAAGGAUCUUGAGAAGAUUGCCUCAUGGUUUGGGAAUGAUAAUGAGAAGUAUGACAAGAAGAGGAGAGCAGAAAAAAUUCUGAAAGAACCUAUGGAGAACUGUCAGGAACUGGCACAGUUGUGAAUUAGAUUUGUUAUCAUCCUUUGUAGAAUUUUCUAGGAUGGACUACAAGGACAGUGCAAAAUCCAAGAGAGAAGUCUCCUGCUUGGUCGCUUUCUUGAGGUAUGCAUGUGACAGUUGCCAUGAUAGAACAGUGGAUGAUUCUUUUUCGUAAUUAUUGUUUCUUCUUUGGUGGUCUUAAAUUGAUCGUGGAUUUUUCAAUUUCUGGCUUAAGCUGAACUCCACAUGUACACAUGCUCACCAUUGUUGAAGCUUUGUACAAUAUUGUAUUACUAUUUGUUAUUAAUGAAGGCAGGUUAAUUCCACAUUA